UUUGUCCCUUUCCACCAUCAAUAUUACAUCAUUUACAUCUUAUGAUAAGAUUCUUAUCAUCACAUACAAUAACUGAUAACUAGUUAGUUAUUACAAUGGGGUCCUCUUCCUCGUUGCCUGGCAUCAUUCCAGAAAAGAAAUUGAAAAUUUGGAAAGUAUUUAGCGACCCGAGACCCGAAGGAGAGGAAAUUUUGAAAAUGGCGAAAUUGGCACAUGCCCAGAAAAGUAAAGGGUUCAUCGUCACCAUGGCCGACGAGACUUAUUACUUCCUCAUUGAUGAUCAUGGUGGGAGGAAAAUUACUAGAAUUGCGGGAUUAUGUGGCGUCCAAGUGAAAGAAUUUAUCGUUGGAUCAAGUGGCCGGACCUUCGCCUUAACGAAUGAUGGACAACUCUACUCUCCAGACCUUGUAACAGGCAGUCUGACCGGAGAGAAAGUAGUACAAAUGGCGUCAACAGGAAUGCGUGCCUUGGCAUUAACUUUGCGUGGGGAUGUCCAUCACUGGUUUUUGGAACGCUCACCAACCGUGAUCGCAAAGGAGAAAUUUGAUUACAAGAAGGUUACCUCCGUGGCGUGCAAUGCUUACCUGAGCGUCGCCUUAAGUGAGGAUGGACAGCUAUUUGAAUGGAAAUCAGGCGAAAACGUUUGUCCAAAUGCUGAACACACUGUACUGUUUGAGUUCAACACUUGGACAAGAAAAGGUGCCACAAAAAUCUGCUGUAAGUACCUCCUCACCGAUUAAAAAGAUAACAGCAAGCAAAAGUACUAUUUUCGCACUGACUGUUGAUGGAACAAUGCACUAGUGCACUUUUUAUGGAAGCUAUUCGACAGCUACUAAGAAUGACCCAGUAUGGAUUCCGGUGUCAGGCUACACAAACGUCCAAGACAUCGCAACCUGCGUGACGGAGGAUGUUAGCGUUGUCGAGUUGAAGGCUGGCGCUGGUCGCUACGUUGGAAAUCGGGCCCCUUGGAGUGAACCAUUCUUUACUAAAUCUAAAUCGUUGGACGAAUCUUUUGCCGAAAUUUGUCAGACCAGCUACCAAACUAUUUGGGUCCCAAGUGAACCUGAGCCAAGCAAAUUGGGUGAUGACAUUUCCACGUUGUGGAGGACCAAGAAAAAUACUGACGUAACAUUUUCCGUUGAGGGGCAACUCAUCUCCGCGCACAAGUUCAUCUUGACCAUGAGGAGCGAAUAUUUUGAGAAAAUGUUCAGCGGCGAGUGGGCCGAGGCUGAAGGAUCGACGGUUGUUCACAUCAAGGACACGAAACACGGCGUAUUUAGGGCUCUGCUCUUCUACCUCUACCAUGACGUCGUCCCCUUCAAGAAGUUCGAUUACGAAAACAUUUCUGGUCUCAUGCAAUUAGCUGAUUCUUAUUGCGACGUGACCAUUCGGCGAGAAUGUGAGAAGAUUCUGAUGAAAAAUAUCAACAAGGCGAAUGCUUUCUUUCUGCUCCGAAGUGCUGCUGCAGCCAACGCUCUGAAUUUGGAGGAGACGGUGACAAAAUUUAUAUUGGAUAAUCGACUGUUCGGAGUAACCUUGUCGUCGGACGAGUUGGUCGAUUUGUUGGGUAGGGCAGUAUUCGACAAAUUGGCGAUGGCUGCGUUUUGUCGGUAGUUUGCAAUUAGAUAAAGGCUUGAACACCAAUGUUGUUUUAUACCUCUAUAAUUUUUGGGAUAAGAUGACAUUUCAUGACUUGUAGUCGAACGUCUUGAUUUUGUUGUUGUUAAUGUUUUUGUUAGUUCACCUGUUUUUUAUAAGAACAUGUAUCCAAUUUGAGAUUAAAAGAGGUUACUUCUUGAAUAUUUUA